CUCCACACUUUCCGAUUGUGGUGCCAGUAAAGCGAAAUUCUCAACAAGUGAUCAUCGGACUCCGCUCCGCGGACGGACCGGCGGGCUGCUACGACGAGACGAUCGCAUAUCGCAACGAUGAUCAGCUGUGGUUUGCGUCGUCGUCGUCCGCCACUCGUUUCUCUGUUUCUCUCGUCGCCGUACAGCGCGGCGUGGCCCAGUCAGUCUUGAAUCGAUCGCGUACGGUUGCGGAUCGUGUCGUCGUCGUCGUCGUAGUCGUCGGUCGUAGCAAUACCUACAUCUCCGCGCGCCCUCCGCAACUUGCCAUUCAGAACGGGUUCGCUUCCAGUCGUUUACCUGCCUGGCAGCAGUGGUACAAACAGAAGAAGAAGCGAAAAAAGCCAUCAAAGCGAAUCUCUCUCACCACACAGGUCGCCUUGCCGGUACAAGGUUGGACCAGCUUCGUGGAAAAUCGCGCGCGACGGAUCAUCGUCGAAUCGGAAGCUGUUGUUGCUGCUGCUGCGGUGAUCUGGAAAAUCCAACCUUGCCACCGGCCGCACUGGCUGCGCUGCAAGUGGCUGAAUGGUCCAUGUGUACAUACGACUCGACCACGCUUGUUGUGCAUUCUUGGGCGAAUGUUGAUGUGCUCAGCGUCGCCGCCGCCGCCGUGUAGUACAGCAGAGACAGUAGUGUGGUCAGAGAGCAGAAAUUGAAUCGAAUCGAAUUCGGAACGCUGCCGCCGCCGCCGCAAACAAAGGAACUCGAUCGAAUCGGAACGGUUGUGUGGGUGAAGAAGUGCUGGUGGUGGCGCGGUGGAGCUAGUGGCAGUGAGUGAGUGCUAUGGCACCGGCCUUGAGUGGGGUCGCGACAGCGUUAUUUGUGGUGGCCGUUACCGGUGUGACGCUGGUCGUUCACAGGCGAUCCAACGAGGAUCGUGCUGCUGACCGGUAUCGGACGUACGAAGAUUACACCAAGUUCAAUCGGUUUGAGGGUGACGGAGGGGGUGGUGUGGUGGAUAACUUGAUUGUGGACGUUGACGAGUUCAGCAAGCAGCACGGUGGAGGGGGUGGGCCGAUCUACAGCUAUCAGCACUGGUCCCGGUUGGAUGUGGACUAUGAAGACCAAGAAGAGUACAGCUGGCGAAGUUCGGUGUUCCAGAACGUGAGCUACACGCCGGCCUACAAUAGGUCGGCCGGGUGGUUCCGGAUCGAAGGGGAUGCUGAGUGUGGCGGGACGGAUCACGAGAAACGGGACAGGGUGAAGCAGAUGAUGAUCCACGCAUGGGACAACUACAAGCUGUACGCCUGGGGCAAAAACGAGCUGAAACCCAUCACCAAGCGGGGCCACUCGGGCAGCAUCUUCGGGGCGUUCGACCUGGGCGCAACCAUAGUGGACGGGCUGGAUACCCUCUACCUGAUGGGGCUGCACAAGGAGUUCGACGAGGGACGCGACUGGGUCGAACGGAAGUUCACCCUCGAGAAUGUGGGAAGUGAUCUGUCGGUGUUCGAGACGAACAUUCGCUUCAUCGGUGGAUUCCUGACGUGCUACGCUUUCACCGGCGAUCGGCUGUUCCUGGAGAAGGCGAAGUACGUGGCGGACAAGCUGCUGCCGGCGUUCCAGACCCCGACCGGCAUCCCGUACGCGCUGGUCAACCCGACCAAUGGGAUCAGCAAAAACUACGGCUGGGCCAGUGGUGGUAGCAGUAUCCUGUCGGAGUUCGGCACCUUGCAUCUGGAGUUCGCCUACCUGAGUGACAUCACCGGCGAUUCGGUGUACCGCGAGCGAGUUCAAGCGAUCCGAAGCGUGCUCAAAGAGAUCGAAAAGCCCAAAGGCCUCUAUCCGAACUACCUGAACCCGAAGACGGGUAAGUGGGGCCAGCAGCACAUGUCGCUGGGUGCCCUCGGGGACAGUUUCUACGAGUACCUGCUGAAGGCGUGGAUCCAGUCCGGCCACGAAGACGAGGAAGCCCGGGAGAUGUACGACGACGCGAUGCAGGCCAUCAUCCAGCACAUGAUCCGGACCAGCCCGGGUGGGUUGACGUACGUUUCGGAUUUGAAGUUCGAGCGGCUGGAGCAUAAGAUGGACCAUUUGGCGUGCUUUGCGGGUGGUCUGUUUGGACUUGGUGGUACGACGUUGAACAACCAGUUCUCGGAGCGGUACAUGGAAAUCGGCGAGGGUCUAACGAACACCUGCCACGAGAGCUACAUUCGUACGUACACGAGGUUAGGUCCGGAGGCGUUCCGCUUUAACGACGGAGUGGAGGCCAAGGCCCUGAAAUCCCAGGAGAAGUACUACAUCUUGCGACCGGAGACAUUCGAGAGUUAUUUCGUCAUGUGGAGACUGACACACGAUCAAAAGUAUCGUGACUGGGCGUGGGACGCUGUGCAGGCACUUGAGAAACAUAGUCGGACACCUAACGGAUUCAGUGGUUUGAAAAACGUCUACCUGACGGAUCCGCAGAAGGAUGACGUGCAGCAAAGUUUCUUCCUGGCGGAGACACUUAAGUACCUUUAUCUAAUCUUCUCGGACGAUUCGCUACUUCGACUCGAGGACUGGGUGUUCAACACCGAAGCCCAUCCCCUGCCGGUGAGGGGUCACAACUUGCUGUACCGUGCAGCGGCGAGCUCCAACGCUCCCUGAACUGCUGCUGCCCUUAACUCUAGCAGGUCGGUAGGUGGAGCAACGUUACCAUUAGCGCAAUGGUAAAACGGCCAAAGUCUCCACCGGACCGGACCGGCUCUGAACCAACUCCACCAGCACCACCACCACUACACCACUAAAGACCCCGGCAAAAUGGGCGGAGGGCCAUCAUGAUCACCGAAAGGUGCAGCUUUAGACCAAGUUAGGACCUCUUCGCCUCGUUUUCCCGCCACCAUCAUUACUCCGACGAAACAUUCCGGGGAAGGAUGGGAUAUCGCCAGCCAGAGGGAAUGGCGAUGAGUCGUGUUCUACUUUUUUUUUGUUGAUUUUUUCGCGCGUGUCUGUAUGUGUGUGUGUGCAUGUAUGUGCGUGAGUAUACGCGUGUGUAAAUUUUUUAGUAAAACAAAUAUGUCUCUUCCUCGAUUGUUCGGAGGGAGCAUUUCCUUACUUGAUAUAACUAGCCAGUCGCGAAAGUUGUGCGCGAGCAGAGUGGAUUACCGAAGCGAGUCAUGUUAGACAUUGUAUAAAAUUGAUUAUUAACUGUAGGACACACUAAGUAGAAACCGAGAGCGAGAGAGGGAAGGUAUAAGUACAGAAUUAGUAAGAAAUGGCGCGCACGCGAGCGAGACAAAGAGUGAUUCUUAACUUAAUUCUUGAAUGAUUGUAGUUAAUUAUAUAGGGAAAGAUAUAUAUUAGAAAGAAGAACAAUUAAUUGUGAUGAAACAAAGGAAACCUAUUAAUUUAUCGAUGACGAAAAUUGUUCUAACUAUAGAAUGUGUUGAUAUUAGUGACAUAAACAAAGAAACAACAAACUGCGAACGGAAAAUUCGAAAAUCGAAAAAGAAACGGUAUUGUUACGAUUGGAAAGAACAACGGGAAAAGCAGUCAAAGAACUUCCAUUUCGGUAGCCUAUAAUAUGCACCUAGUCCAAUCUGUUUCUGUCGAAUAUCUUCCAAAACUAGUCCAAAACCGAAAUUGCACAGUCCAAGUUUAGUAGAAAGAAAAAAAAAAACAAACAAUAACAAGCACAGUAUUAAGAGCACUUUUGUAAAGUACAGUCCCACCAUAACCUAGAUGAACAAACAAAAAAGUCAAACAUCUCGAACUUUCCGGUUGCGAUUCGUUUUGUUGUGUCAACCUCUCAAA